UUCACCAUGACACGUGGCCGGAGCGGUUGUUCGAGCUGAUGCCGGAAGAAGUAGCGCAGGUCGUAGUCCAACCGAGCGUCGCAGAGGCAGGCCAGGCUUCCUCUGCAGACCAGCUCGAGUGCUUCUGUGGAAAGGCCAGCCUUUCUCUGCAGACCAGCGCGAGUUCUUCUCUGCAACGACUCGGCCUUCUGGACGUACGGCUGUUGUGGAACCAGUGCCCAGUAGCCGACACGAAGACUUCAUCUCGAGUCCAAGAUUUUGCAUCGUGUAACGCCUUUUAAGAAACGCCCUUGCCAGUCUCCGUCGACAAUUUUCAAAAGAGCACGGCCCUUGGGGAGCACGAGGCAUGGGUAUUAUUCUCAGAGUACUGAAAACAGAAACCCUUUUAAGUAUGGUGCAACAUUCUCCCUGCAAGAACCUUAUCGGCGGUAUUCAACGUGACGCGUGUGAAACGAUCCUUGAACUCCUGGACGGCGACUCCCGCUUCGCCAUGGCCGAGGCAAAAGUCGAGUCGUUGGACGUCGCCCACUGCAAGCACGUUGUCUACACAGUGGCGUUCUCUUCUGACAUGGAUGAGCGUGCACCGGAUGAAUGCCGUGAGAAGGAGAGGACGGACUACGGGUGCAAACUAGGGUUCACCAACAGCCUUGCGCAGGCCUCCGAAGUUGUCCUUCGAUUUGAUUCGCGCUGCGAGAACUUACGUGAGCUGCGCUGCGAGAACGGCAUCGUGGGAUCUCCGGCGCUCUUGCGCAUGCUCUGCCAGAGGUCCGUGAACAAGCUGGACUGCUCGCUUUUCGAGUACCACCGCUACGAGCCUUGGGCGGACGAAGACGUCUUUGAGGACAUCAGCAAGAAUGGCCAGCUACUGACUCAGAAGCUCGAGUUCACGUACACGCAGGCGGUAGGUACGCCGCUGACAGCCGUGUUCUUGGACUGUACAUCAAACGGUUCCAUCGACCUGCAUCCCGUGCAUGUUCAGGCCAUACUUCAGGCUACCGUAACAGAUCCGGUUCGCGACGCCUGUAUGACGCGCAAUACGCACAGGAAUGGUCUGCGCAUCUUCCGGUACAGUUGCGAACAGGUACCUCCAACCACAGGCCGCCUUUGCCGCGAUGUCCCGUACAGCUACGUCCGUAUCGAGAACCUACUGGAGCAGAGGGCGCUGCUUCAGACAUUGCGUCAUGCUGCCGAUGCCGUGCAAGCCUACCUGGAAGCCGUCUGCCGCUUCCUACGUGCCACUACACACCAGGAGUGCCGGUGUGACGUCAGAUCACGUUCACACGUUCUGCUGCCGUCACCGCAAUACAUCAGUUUCCAGCAACCCUGGUGCGUGGCCGGCGACUGCCUGAAACUAAAGCACAAGUUCCUGCUGAUGUGCCUCGCCAACAUCUCCAAGCUCAACCUGACAACCAGCCUCUUCUCGUUCGGCGGCGACUUUUGCUUCGGCAUGUAUGCGGGGCUGUCCGAGCUGAGCUUGCUGACGCUUCCAAUGUGCGCCAUCCUUAUUUGGGAACGUUUGCUCGAAUGGCUCGCACGUGGCCACCGGUUACUGGUCGAGCUGGGCGUCGGGAAUCGCGACGUUGUUCCCUGCGCCGCCUGCAAAUUUCCGCCGAUGUUCACAGAGCGUGACUUCGGGUGGCUACUCUGGGAGACGAGGUUAUGGCGGCUGGGCGUCGGCGAGACGGCGAAGAUAAUGUCGGUCACGUCUCUCUUAGGUCGCCUUGUCACCGACCUACACUUGAACCUGGUCAGUUCGGCGAGUGUCGCCGCUUCUGUUUCUCGCUGUGGGCCCAGCCAUCUCCUCUGCGCCAAUCGCGGGCUCUCCAUGUUAACCAUUGAGUGACUUCGGUUUGCGCAUGGCCAUUAGUUGGACAAGUGAUUCACAAUGGCUCACCUUCCGGCGAUGCGACCUUCAUCGGCGCCCUUUCACGUGCUCUUUAUUAUGAAAAAAAUAUGAUCAUUUUGAGGCUGUCUCCCGCCUGGCCGAAACUGAGCUGACAGAAGUGGACGACUGCGAGUGGGCCGUCGAGAAGGUAGCGUUCACUUCUGACACGGAUGAGUUUUUGUUUUUACUGGAUGUGUAUAUCGUCUGAAGUUCAGAGUACAGCAACGUUGUGUGACGUUACUGUGUUCUUUCGUCUAUUCCCUGCACUCUGCUCAUGAACGCAAUAAAUAUCAUUCCAGUUCGU